AUGACACUAAUUGACGCGGAUGAGGUAGAGCAAUAUGGAGAAGAGUUAAAAUUGCGCAUCAAGAAACUGUCCAACUACAGCAACAGUAAAGCAAAUGUGUAUGCACUCGGUCACCUUCUGCCAAACAUGAUGUGGGGUCCAUAUAAAGCCAUAGGGGAUCGAAGCAAGAUCUUAUGUGACCCUGUAAUAGGCGAACCUCUCACAGUCUGGAUCCUCGGUCACACAAUGAAGAAGUGGUUUACGAAGAAUGGACAGCCAGAUAACCAGGCCUCAAUCACAAUGAUUCCCCUGUCUCAAAUACUGGCACAACAGAGUGCAGUAUUGUUGACGAAAUUGGGGCAUCCGGCUGGUGCGUUAUCCAAUCAAGAGAUAUGUGACAUCUGUGCUGUUAAAUGGCAAAGCAGCAGGAUAAACAAGGAAUCAACCACUCCUCUGUUAUUCGACACUGUGUACAAUGCAAGGAAAGAAGGCUCGUUAAAAAAUUACUGUAAUCGUCCUUUAUGGGACCUUGCCAACUUGAAAGCCGGUGAUCUCAUUUUGCUUGAAGCGAGAAUCACGUGUUAUUCUGUGAAAAACACAGACAAGAGAACAUUCAUCACAUACAGGCAACAUCCGAGGAAAAGCAUAUCCAUCAUUCCAAACAUAGAGAUAGAACCAGAUCACCUGUACACUCUAUUUGUCGAAGGAGAAAGUGCCUGCCCUCCACCAUAUUCAUUAAUGGAAGGCAUUGUCGAACCUGGAAGGAAAUAUACGCAGCACCAAGGAAAUCUACUGGUUAUCAAAAGUAAUUGA